AUGGAUCCACGCAAGUCCGCACUCUUCCUCGUCGGGGCCGCUCAUGUCACGGGCUCAGCUCGGGGUACGCUCAUGGCCAGCGAUACCGAGCUGAGCAUGUGGGGUGGCGUGGACCCCCAGACGGGCGAAGUCAUCGACCGUCACCAUCCCCUGAGCGGACGGUUUCUGUGCGACACCAUCCUGGCUAUCCCUGGCGGCAGGGGAUCCUGCACCGGCAGCGGCGUCAUGCUGGAGACGUUGCUGAACGGCAAGGGGCCGAGGGCGGUUGUGUUCGAGCGCCGCGAGGACAUCCUCACUCUCGGCGUCAUCAUCGCCCAGGAACUCUUUGGCAGACACAUCCCCGUCGUGACGCUGAAGCCAACAGACUUCCGCCUGCUCCUCGCCCUCGAUGGCCAGAUAGUCUCGGUGGAUGGGGGAAACGUCUGCGCGGAAACCCAUGACGCCCUCGGGACGCCUCGACAAGACGUCCAUCCACCGAUCAAGGUCCCUACAAGUCACCCCGAAGAGAGCAAGACCGCCCAUCACGCAGAAGAUCAACUCGACAACCUGAUUGGCGGGGUCCGCCUCUCGAGCAGAGACCGAGAACUCCUUGAAGGCUCCCAUGGAAACGCUGCUCGUGCAGCUAUGCGCAUCGUCCUGCGGAUGGCGAGCCUCCUCGACGCUGAGGAGCUGAUGGACAUCUCCCAAGUCCACGUCGAUGGGUGCCUGUACACGGGACCGGCGUCGCUCGCUUUUGCAGAGAAGCUCCUCGGUCUGGGAGGCGAGGUCGCGGUCCCGACGACGAUGAACUCCAUCUCCAUCGACGUGAGGCGGUGGCGAGCCCUCGGCAUAGAUCCCGUCUUUGGGGACGUUUCCGCUCGGCUGGCGGAUGCCUAUGUCCAGAUGGGCGCAACGCCCACCUUCACCUGCGCCCCGUACCAGCUGGAGAGCGCACCUCGGAAAGGGGACCAAGUGGCUUGGGGGGAAUCGAACGCCGUCGUCUACGCAAACAGUGUUCUCGGGGCCAAAACGAUGAAGUACCCGGACUACCUCGACAUCGCCGUUGCCCUGACCGGACGGGCACCGAGAGGGGGUGCUCACAUUGACAGCAACCGGCUCGCUUCCGUGUUGAUCAGAGUGCCCCGGACUGGGAUCGCCGUCGACGACUCCUUCUACCAUCUACUGGGCUACUUCGUGGGCACCCAGGCGGUCGGUGACAUACCUGUCGUGGCAGGCCUCGAGGAUGGCUUCUACCCCACCAAAGAUGACCUCCGGGCGUUCGGGGCGGCUUUUGCCACCGUCUCGAGCGCCUUCAUGUUCCAUAUCGUCGGCGUGACCCCCGAAGCCCCGACUCUGGAGGCCGUCAGCGCCCCGAACCAGGAGCUGCGCUGCGUGGAUCUGGACUGGAGAGCGCUGGAGGCUUACUGGGCGAGGUUCAACUCUGCCCCCGUCUCGCAGGGCGUCGAUCUCGUGUCCCUAGGGAACCCUCAUUUCUCCCUGGCCGAGAUCCGACUCUUGGCCGAGCUUUGUCAGGGACGGAAGAAGCAUCAGGCCGUCCAAGUCAUCGUCACAUGCGGCCGCGCCGUGCACGGUCUGGCAUCUCAGGCCGGGUUGGUCGGACCGCUGGAGAACUUCGGGGUCCGAUUCCUCACCGACACGUGCUGGUGCAUGAUCACCGAGCCCAUCAUCCCGCUUCAGGCGCGAACCAUCAUGACCAAUUCCGGAAAGUAUGCCCAUUACGGGCCAGGGCUCACCGGGAGAGGCUUUCGCUUUGGUAGCUUGGCCAUGUGUGUGGAAGCGGCUUGCAGCGGUGGGAUCAACGGCGAGAAGCCCGGGUGGCUGGAAGCUGCUUUGGUCUCAGAGGUGCCCAGGUGA